CUUUGGAGGAAGGGGAGAAGAAACAUCACUGGCUUCCAAAUCUUCCAAAUCUCCUGUACUGUACUUUCUGACCCACUCUCCUGUGGAUCUCUGGCCAGAGUGAGCUGCUCAGACCUCACACUCACUCACUCACUCACUCACUCACUCACUCAUUCACUCACUCCUACAGUAUCUCUGUGAGCCUCCUGCUCCUGUGGCUGUAGCUCUAGUCGGUCCCCUGCACUCCUGUCACAUCAUGCAGCUCCUGGUGAUGUUAGCAGCUCUCAUGGGGGUUGUGUUCAGUGUAAGAGCAGCCGCCGUGCUUCCUGUGGAGGACAGAAGCUCCAUCCAUGUGAACAGGGAGCUGAGCAAAGAGCGCAAAGACCUGAUCCUGAAGUUGGUGUCUGGCUUGUUGGACGGAGCUCUGGACACCAACAUGCUGCCCGGGGACGUGGCGUCCGAGGAUCUGGAGGAACCGCUGGAGUCUCGCCUGGAGGAGAGGGCUGUCUAUAACAGGUUAUCUCUGCCUCAGCGCGACCGCAAAGCCCCCUGUAAAAACUUCUUCUGGAAAACUUUCACCUCCUGCUAACACUGCCCCGAACCCUGCCCGCCCCUAAUGUGCUCCGUCCCUCCCGGCUCCACAUGAACUGGAGUUGACCUCGACUGUACAUAUGAUCUGCAACUGUCAGACAUGCAGCAUUGAUGGACUUCACUGAGACAGUGUUUGUGCGUUUGAACAUUAUUUAUUUAUCUUUUUAUGUAUGAAAUGUGUGUAUCUAUGUAUGUAACACUUUAUUUCAGGGUGAACAAUAAAGCAUGGAUAUAAUGUU